UUCCUCGAUGACAUUCUGUACUACUACUAAUAGGUGCUCUCUGGUACUACCAUGUGCACAUCAAGCCAGGAAUCACAUCUUUUCCCAUCAUUUUACCGUCAAUGUUGCAACCUUCUUUAAUUUUCUUUCUCUUUUAUUAUUGUCUUCGUGGAAGCUACAAGAAGCGGCAUCCACAUCGCGUCCGUCAUCCGCUGACGAAUACAAAAUGGCGAAUUGUGAAGGUGCGUCGUCGUUGCGAUGAGCCCUUACGCACCAUCUUUUUUACGUAGGGUCAAACUGAAAGCGGUCCUCACCCGCAGUUAGAGCAUUCAGCUACCGUGGGAACAGAAGGAGCGCUUCGAACAGCUGAAGAGGAGGCAGCGCAGACCCUGUCCCUCGAAAUCCGAACAAUGGAGGAAGAACGGCUUGAAACGGAAAACCGGCGCUUGGCUGACCAACUGUCCAAUCAGGUGUCUCAUCUCAAGAGUCUGGCCUAUGACAUCGAACUGGAGACCAAAGAACACAACCGCCUACUUGGAGGACUCGGCUGGGACUUUGAUGGAUCUCAAGGCAUUCUCUCGGGCAGCAUGGGCCGUGUGAACAAGAUGCUCAAGUCCAACAGGUCCAACCGUCGGCUCAUGUGCUAUGUGAUUCUUGGAGUGGUGGCGUUGGUGCUGCUUGGCUACACACUUGCCGUCAGGGCGACUCGUCAAUGAUGUUACCCAAGCAACGCAAAGGAUGUGCAGAUGCAUAAAUUUCACAUGAACAAAAAGAAUGCUCUGUCCUGACACCUAGUGGGUCAUCUGUACAGUGCUGAUGUGCUGUGGCAGCCACUUUUUGUUGUACUCUGUUUUGGAGUGUAUUAAGGGUUGCCAGGUGUGCUGAUUUUCAUCUCGGCACUUACUUUUGAUUACCUUUGAGUUGUGUUAGCUACAACAUGCUUUACUACUUUUUAAAAACAAGAUCAGGUACAGUUGAACCAGAAAGAAGUCGCAGUCAACAUGAAAAUGGCUUCAUUAUAGCCUAUAUUCAUUAUAAGCAUAUAUUUGUUGUAGGCUGAUUGAUAUCAGAGAGCAGCCUUUUAUAAUUACUGCAUUAUAUUGAAUAAUUUCCUGUAUCCAUGUUAUAUCGAGGUUUGAUGGUAUCACAGCGGUACCAUAAUAUUUUGGUAGCAACGAAACUGCUCAUGAGCAGUCAUGGAUUGUGUAUACAGUAUGCAUUCAGCUACUUGUCUCAUUUUAGAGCACAACUCUCAGGCGCCUGUUCCUGGGUUGAACGUCAGCGUCCCUCGGCGUAACCGAGCGAAUGCGCUCGUGCCACUGCUCGUGCUUUCGUUGUCUUCUACUACAGCUGGCUUCAACGCUGCUCAUCACGCCAGCGUUCCCACACUGUCCCUCCCUCUGUGAAGGCGCUGACGGCACCGGCUCACUGCCAGUUGGUACGGUGAUUUUGGUCUCAAAUUGUUUGCCUCAAUAUACUGCGAAAUGAAAACACGUGUCGAGCUGCACUCCAAUUUCGCAUGAGGGAGUAUCAUAAUUGUUGGACACUUUUUUGUUUUUCGUGAUGUUGAAGGGAAUUCCGAGGUCAUCAUUUGAACAUGUCUUUUAAAUCCACGUAAAGGAGCAUGGAGUAUGGGUUCCUUAUAGCAUCAUUAAAUAAUUAUUUGGCUGCUUUUCUCUGA